UCCUUUUCCUUCAAAAAGUUUGCUAUCAACUUCUCAUAGAAAAUAAUGGCGUUUCGCUUGCCAUUGGUAAUGCAAGCAAAGAAGCAUAUCCUCCGCCUCACACUUUCAAAAGGUAAAAAAGUGUUGUCAGCUAAUAGUAAUAUACCAAAAGGAUAUUUGGCAGUAUAUGUUGGAGAAGAGAAAAAAAAGAGAUUUGUGGUUCCAAUAUCAUAUUUGCAUCAACCUGCUUUUCAACAAUUUCUUUGUAAAGCUGAAGAAGAAUUUGGAUUUAAUCAUCCAAUGGGUGGUCUCACCAUUCCUUGCAGAGAAGAGAUCUUUGUUAAUGUAACUUCUCAAUUGGAAAGUUAAUCUCAAGAGCAAACUCAAAUUCUUUUCUCCCUAGAAACAUGCAAAUGAAAAUCGACUCUGAGAUUUCCUAUCAAGGCAUGAUAUUUGAAUCCAUUUCACCAAAUGGACUAUGUAGGGCCAUAGAUGACUAGAAGCCAUUCUGAUUAGUUAGAAAUUAACAUAGGCCAUGCAUUAUCUGUAUAUAGUUUCAUGCCUUAAGAGUUUAUCAUCUUAAUGUCUAACAAAAUCACAUGAUGUCUAGAAUUACUUAGAGAUAUAUUGUAAAGUAUUUUGUAUAUUUUGAAAUG